UCGUUUUUUAUAGUUUAUAAUAUCUUAGGAAAACACAAUGCAAUUUCAAAGGUACCUCAGCAGGCAGAGUAAGCAGGGCCAUUCUGACAGCUGUGCAGUGGUCUGAACGUUUGUGUCGCCCCCGUCCCCCCCCACCCCCGACACCAAGGGGGCGACAUCCUAAGCGUGGGUGUGAUGGGCUGGGGGCGGGGCCUUCGGGAGGCAAUGAGGUCGUGGUGGGACCGGGGCCCUUCUGAAAGCAGCUCCCGGGCUCCCUCCCCCCUUCCCCAUAUGUGAGGAGGCCGCAGAAGGACCUGGACCUUCUGGACCCAGAGUCCCCACACCACAGGCAGUCACCCUCAUCUUGGCCAUCCAGCCUCCAGAGCUCCGGGAGUACAGGUCUGUUGUUUAUAAGCCACCAGUCUGUGGGUUUUGCUGUUUCAGCCCCAGGAGACUACAGUGGCCGUGUAAUUCCUGCAUGGGAAGCACCCGUGGGUCUGCUUCUGUUGUCUGUUCAUCCUGCUGCUCCUUAUGCUGCUCCCUCAUGUUUUUUCAGGAAAUUGUACUUGAAAAAAUAACGGACGGGGCCAACAUGAAGGCCGGGGCGGUGCUUUUGUCUUUGGCUGUCAUGUUCUUCCGUCAGGCAUCUGGGAGGCUGUGGUCAGCCAGCCAUCCCAGUCCGAGCUCUGCCCGGUGGCUCUCUGGCCAGGAGGUGGUGCAGGUUUAGCAGCAAGUGGGUCCCAUGGGCUCUCUGGGUCACCUGUCCCGCAGGGCUGGGCUGCUGGCUGGUUAGAGGGCCCUCCUGGGAAGGCGGCCGCAGGACAAAUGGCUUCGCCUUUCCUCACCUUCCAAGCUCUGCGUGGCCUAUGUCAGCAGAACCCCUGGAAGCCCAGCGGGUGGGGGCUGAGGGGUGAGGUUUGCCCCCCCGCCCCCCAGGGAACCAUCCUCCCAGACUCUUCCUCCCGGGUUUUGGGGCUUCAGACAGAUCCUGCCGGGCGCCUGGCCCUCUGCUGUCAGGCGAGGAGGGACAGUGACCCAGGACAGGAAGCCAAGCCCGCAGAGUGUUCCCACGCGUCCGGGGCAUCCCACGGGCGAGCUGCGGUGGGGGGCAGGAGGCUGUGGCCAGUGGAGCAGAAAGGGUGGUGGGAGCUUUUGAAAAAUUGGGGGGAGUUUUUUUGUGUUCUUAGUGAUUAAAACAGAAGAUGCAAAACCAGGCUUCUGGAGGAACUGCGUGUUCCUGCGCCCUCCCCAGACCUGACCUUGGCCUGUUGCCGGCCUGGGUUCAAGAGCCGGGUUUUGGCAGCUGAGCGAGGGGUGUGGGCUCUGGGGACAGAGGACGUGGUGUGGCUGAGGGCGGGAGGCUCAGGCCCGAACCCACCCUGGGGAAGGGAUGCAGAGAUGCAGAGACACACGAAGGUGGCCCAUGGAAGGGGCUCCCCCGGCCCGGCCCACUCCCCACUCAGCGGUGCAUCUGGGCGGGCGCGGAGGAGACCGCGGGGACACACGCCCCGCCUGGGGGUAAUUUCACCACCUUGCGGAGAGAGAGGCCAGGAUGGGGCCUGCGGUUAGCGCCGCCCACGGCAGUGCGCUCAGAGCCACAUAAGUGACCUCGGGGGCCUGGAGGGGACGCUGGCCGCGGGGAGGAUGCGGGGCAGUGUGCUGCUGACCGCCCUUCUGGCUUUGGCCUCAGGGCCCGGGGCCUGGGCAGUGUGGCUGGGGAGGCUGGACCCUCAGCAGUUCCUGGGGUCCUGGUACAUCCUCGCCGUGGCCUCGGGCGAGAAGGACUUCGCGGUGGAGAGGGCAGUGAGGAGCGUCGAGGGGGUGCUGGUGAGCCUCACGCCGCAGAACCAUCUGAGGGUGCUGUCCUCCCGACACAGGCUGGACAGAUGCCACCUGCACACAGUGGAGCUGCUGAAACAGAAUUCUGGAUGGGUGUUCGGGAAUCCCUCCCUGGGCGUGCUGGAGUACCGGGUGCUGGGCACCAACUUCAGAGACUACGCUGUGGUGUUCACACAGCUGGAGUUCGGGGACGAGGCCUUUAACACCGUGGAGCUGUACAGCCGGUCGGAGCUGGCCAGCCAGGAGGCCAUGAACCUCUUUUCCAAAUGGAGCAAGAACCUGGGCUUCUUGUCACAGCAGCAGGCCACGCUGCAGAAGGACUGUGCGUACCACCGUGCCUGA